AUGCCUCGCACAACAUAUUGUGUAGAAGCCAAGGCGCGGUUGGAGGCGUGUCGGAGGACAUCUCUGCCGAAACUAAACGAUAACGAGAGCAUGCCACUAAUUCCAAAACUUGCGCUACUUCUGGUGUUUGCGUGUCUCGCGCAGCUAGUCUCUGUUGUCGAGUGUGAGAGGGGCGCGGGGAGGAAGGGAAAGAGAGAGGGGGGCACCAGGAGUCAAGGAGGAAAUAAGGGUGUCUUCAAGGGAAGGUUUUCCACCAAGGACAAAGCGUGCAUUUGGGAGGCGAGUGGAGAGGAUACCUAUACAUUGACCGUCAAGUGUAGCCAGGGUGAAAUUCAACAGGGAUUAAAUUGUAAUUACACUGCAAAACCUGCAAUCUGCCCAGAAUAUGAGAAGAACGUAAAGGGCUUCUGGAAGCAGAUAGCACGUGCUCUUAAGAAACAGAAGAAGCUCUGCACGGACCCCCGCGCACUGGUCAAGGCUGGCAUGUGCAGGCGCGCGCCUCAGGAUGCGCAUUUCAGACUCUCCCCUAACAACGAGGUUGCUGUUCGAAACGCGAGACCGACCAGACCCGCAGUGAAAGAGGAGGAUAGAAUGACCAGCUACAUUAAACCUGCGGAGCCGGUGAGCACGAGCGGACCGGAGUGCACGGAGCGCCCCGACCACCGAAAACUUGCCCAGGAAAAAUGCGGAGAGGCGUGGGCAAGCUUCUGCACAUUCUUUUUCACUUUUGUCCAGAGUGGUCCAGACUGUUGA